CCGUGGCCAAAAACGCCGUGGGCCGUGAGUCCGUGGCCUGUGCCUGUGCGUUGGAACCAGCUCGCGCCUCGCACACCCCCGUUCCGACCCGAGACGGCGAGACGGAAUGUGCGAAUCGCACCUCAUCUAACGGGCGGCGGCCGGAGAGGCAGGCAGGCAGCCAGCCAGCCGGCAAGCGGAGAAGACGACGUGGCCAGCCAACCUCCCCGCAAAAGAAUCAGGGGGACCGCGCGCCCGCGCGUGGUGGGAUGGAGAGGGGCGCCGCCGCCGCCGCCGCCGCGGUGCUCGGCUGCGCCCUCCGCUCCCCUUCUCCCUCGCCGUCCCGGGCGCCCCAGUGGCGGCCUCUCCUCCGCUCCCGCCGCGGCCCGCCCGGGGCUCCUCUCUCCCUCUUGCCGCCCGCGCGGCGCUUCAGUCAAAAUUUUAGGCUUCUAGACAUGAAGACCUUCAGUUCAUCUGGGCAUCCCGGGGUCAGUCUGAACAAUGAUUUAGUCAACGAUAAGCUCCUAAUAGAUUGCGGAGAAGAUCAAGAUUGUGUGCUCGGUGGCAUAGUUGCCCUGGGAAAGUUUGAUGCCCUUCACAUUGGCCAUCGGGAGUUGGCAAUGCAUGCUUCUAAAGCAGGAACUCCUUUUCUUCUUUCUUUUGUGGGAAUGGCUGAAGUACUUGGCUGGACAUAUAGGCCUCCUAUAGUUGCUCAAUGUGAUCGGAAGCGAGUCCUUUCCUCUUGGGCUCCAUACUGUAGGAAUGUGGCGCCUCUUGAAUAUCAAGUUGAGUUUUCAAAGGUCAGGUACCUGACUCCACGGCAAUUUGUUGAGAGGUUAUCAAAGGAUCUUAGAAUAAAAGGUGUGGUAGCAGGUGAAAACUACAGAUUUGGCUACAAAGCAUCUGGUGAUGCAGCUGAGUUAGUGAAGCUAUGUGAGGAAUUUGGCUUAAGUGCGUUCAUAGUACGGUCUGUCAUGGACACAGCAAAAAGAUCUCAUAAUGGAGUAGCAGCCACCAUAAAUUCAAGUGAUAAAGGACAGGUUUCAUCCAGUCGUGUUCGCCAUGCUUUGGCUAUGGGUGACAUGGAAUACGUCUCUGAUUUGCUAGGGAGGAAACAUCGCCUUGUGCUAACAGUUAACGAAGACUGCCUUCAUGAAGGGAAAAAGAUCAUAUUCCCUAGCUCGUGCACUUUGAACAUGCCACCAGCUGAAGGUUUGUACGAAAAUUGUGACAUUGUUAAUGGAGGGUAUCUUGGACCAUGUAGGGUGAUCAUUAACUCUGACACAACAGUUGUUGAGAUGAAAGAUGAGAACAGUUUGUCACCAAAUCCUAUUCAAGAAGUUGGGCAAUUAAGCAUUGAGUUUGGAUAAUGUAUGUAAACUUUGUUCUCUAUUGGCGGGAGUCCAUUUUUUGCAUUUGCCAUCUUUCGGAGAUUGUUGCCAAAAGGAGAGGACUUUGUAGGGGGAAAUACUUCAAGGAAAAUUUCAGGACUAUGUAUUCAAGUAUGCAGUAUGCCUCAUCAUGAUUGAGCCCAAGAGCAUCUUGUAGUUUCAUGAGAAUGCUUUCUUACAGGAAAUUCGUGAUUCGUUCAAGGUUACCAUACAUACAAGGACUAGGGAGCAAAGUGGCAUUUUUUUGACCUGGAUUGGCAAUAAAUAAGUGGCCGGCUUCGGACAAGCUGUAUCUAUUGAAACUAAUGCAGGGAAGGGGCUUGUCUUGCAACUUCACAUUUGUAGCUUAUACACUGUAGUUUUUAGUUUAUACGUUGAUAGGGAGCAUAGUUGGUCAUUUGUCAACGUUGUAGCAUCUGUUGUUACUUGAAUGUUCAGCUAUUAUAAUGAGAACUUGAUUCUGACAAAACAUUUGAUAUCCUUCCAGAUU